AUGUACGACUUCCGUAAAAAAAAAUGGCCAACAAUUCCAAAAUCACUGGAAGAAUCCAAAUUUCAAUUAUUUAACUUACGUGAUACUCUUAAAACUAAUACACAGGAACAUUUUUGCUACAUGGAAGAAAUUUCAAAUAUAGUUGUAUUCACUUGCCCGACUAAUCUCGAUGUAUUAAGUCGUUCAACUCAUAUUUUUGCUGAUGGCACAUUUUCGCAUUCACUAAAAUACUACGAUCAACUUUAUACAAUACAUACGUUACAAAAUGGUUUUUAUAUUCCUUUAGUAUAUUGUUUUUUGACGUCAAAAUCGACUGACGUUUAUGUAGAUAUGUGGAGCACGAUUGUAAAAUUAUGUUUAAAGUUGACGGGCAUAAAUUUAAUAGUAUCAUUAGUUAAUUGUAAUUUUCAUUUUGAUUUUGAAAAAAGCGCACACAAUGCUAUUAAAGAAGUCUCUCCAAAUAGCAAAAUUAUGGCCUGUAGAUUCCAUUUAGGCCAAAGUUGGUUUAGAAAAAUUCAAAGUAACAACAACUUAUUAAAAGAAUACAAUUCAAAGUCAGAAGUAGGUCUUUGGUUAAAAUGUUUUUUCGCUCUUGGUUUUUUACCCGAAAAUUUAGUCGGCGAUGUCUUUUCGUGUUUAAUUGCAAAUGCUCCUACCAGUGACUUCGAUUUUACGGAUUAUAUAUUUGACAAUUAUGUAAGCCCUGAUGGGGUUUUUCCACCAAUUUUAUGGGCUGGUAAACCUUCAGAGGAACCUAGAACGACCAAUGGGCCAGAAUCAUUCCACCGACAUUAUAACUCACAGUUUUACACUUCACAUCCUUCUAUUCAUGAAGUUAUUAACAUAAUGUUAGACAUCCAAAGACCAAAGUGA